AUGCUCUAAAACAAAAACAAUUUGAAGCCAGUUUUACCAAAAUUAAAAAUUCAGAGUUAAUCAAAAUAACUGCUUAGUUCUCCAUAAAGAUCAAAAUUUAAUGAUGAGAGAAAAUUAGAAGCGAUUGUAGAGAAGAGGAAUUUUCAAAAGUAAUUGAUUGAUUUAGUCACUACUUUACAGGAUGAUGCUUAAUAGAGUAUAUAGAAUUCUGAUUUUUCGAGAAAUGAUCUCUUAAAACAUUAUACAUAAUUACCAUCGAAACCCACUUUAUUAUUUGAGAAAGCAUUAAAAGGUCUUCAUCCUUUGCAGCAGAGUGAAUAUAGGUGUAAAGAGUUGAAAAAGUUGGAAAAGAAGGUGUAAGUCAUGAAUGAAAGAAAUCCACUGUAGGAUUCUUGGAGGUCCCCAUUCUUAUCAUAGCCCAGAUUAUAUAAGUCAUCUAGAACUGAUGAAGCCACUAUCUCGUAAGAAAUGGAAUAGAACGCAUAAAAUGUGGUGUUGAUAAAUGAAAAUCUAAAGGGUUUUGGUCCAAGAUUAAGAACAUAUUUGGAUUAUGAUAAAAACACGAGAUUUGAAAGAUAGAAAGGCAAUCCCAAAUAUUUAUACAGAGAGAAUUUGGUGCGAUUGAUAAAGAAUAAUACAACAAAGGAAUUGGAUUUAGUGAAGGAAUGGAAUAUAUUGAUAAGUUAUGACAAAUUAGUUGUUUCUGGUGGUUUCCAGAGAACAGAGAUGCGACUAUAAUAAUUUGGUACCAUCUCCUCUAUCAGCCAUUAUUAAAGUAUCUAAGAUUUCCAUAAGAAGUAGCUUAAACAAACCAAUAAUUAGCCUACUCCCAAUUCUCAAAUAUCUCCUCAAUUUGUAGUGAAAAAUUCGAGGUAAAGCAACUCAACCGAUCCAAUAGACUUUGGUAAAUCUAAUCAGGUGCUAUUGGAUGUAUCAGAAGUUGAGAAGGUUUAGAAUGAUAUUUCAAUUAAAAAGGAUACAUUCCUAACAUAUUGUUAAGUGUUUUGGGAUUUGAUAAGAAAGGAGGAUGAGAUCGUAGAGAGAGUUGUAUGGGCAUUUUGCAAAAGCGAUUCCAUGACAUUCACUUCUUUUAAGCAUUUCUAUAAAUUGAUUGUGUUUCAGGAAGGCACCUUUGAAGAAUAUAUUAAAUUCACGUUUGACUUCUUUAUGGGAUCGGAGAGAAACGAGAUUCCAUUUACUGAGAUCCAAGGUCUGUUGAGACUGUUGGCUUAGCGAAUAGAUGGAAAGGGUCAUGUGUUAAGUGAUCAAAUAAUAAUGGAUAUAGUUAGUUAAAUUCAUAGGCCACAAGCCAUCUCAAAAGAAACCCUGUAGUAGUUAAUCUUUGAAGAUAAGAUACCUCCGACUGUGAUAGUAAAGAUGGUGUAUGAGUAAGCUUGA